GUGAACACCAGAGACGCAGGACUUCCGUUUCUAUGCUCACUUCAUCUACAUUAUAUUAAGCUUCUUUAAUUUAGCUGCUGUUUAUUUUUCGUUAUUUAACGAGCAAUUUGAUUAAAUAAGAAAUAAUAAUAAUAGGAACCCGCAGGCGCGUGAGAUGAAAUGACAACGUCAACACUGCAGAAAGCGAUUGAGCUGGUCACGAAAGCCACAGAGGAGGACAAGGCCAAGAACUAUGAGGAGGCGCUGAGGCUCUACCAGCACGCAGUGGAGUAUUUCCUGCACGCCAUCAAAUAUGAAGCACACAGCGACAAGGCGAAGGAGAGCAUACGAGGGAAGUGUAUGCAGUAUCUGGACAGAGCCGAGAAGCUGAAAGACUACCUGAAAAACAAGGACAAACAGGGCAAGAAACCGGUGAAGGAAACACAGAGCAAUGACAAAAGUGACAGUGACAGUGAGGGAGAAAAUCCAGAGAAAAAGAAACUCCAGGAGCAUCUGAUGGGUGCGAUUGUGAUGGAGAAGCCCAAUGUGAGGUGGAGUGAUGUGGCCGGACUGGAGGGAGCCAAAGAAGCCCUGAAGGAAGCAGUCAUUCUGCCUAUCAAAUUCCCACACCUGUUCACAGGCAAGCGCACUCCAUGGAGGGGUAUUCUCCUGUUCGGGCCGCCCGGCACAGGAAAGUCUUACCUGGCCAAAGCCGUGGCCACCGAAGCCAACAACUCCACCUUCUUCUCGGUGUCCUCCUCCGACCUGAUGUCCAAGUGGCUCGGCGAGAGCGAGAAGCUGGUGAAGAACCUGUUUGAUCUGGCCCGUCAGCAUAAGCCGUCCAUCAUCUUCAUCGAUGAGGUGGACUCACUGUGCGGCUCCAGAAACGAGAACGAGAGCGAAGCUGCCAGGAGGAUCAAGACCGAGUUCCUGGUGCAGAUGCAGGGUGUUGGUAAUAACAACGACGGCAUCUUAGUUCUCGGUGCCACCAACAUCCCCUGGGUCCUUGAUGCUGCUAUUCGCAGGAGGUUUGAGAAGCGCAUCUACAUCCCGCUUCCAGAGGAGCCGGCGCGAUCGGCCAUGUUUCGCCUCCAUCUGGGAAACACUCCUCACAGCCUGACGGAGGCAGACCUGCGGCAGCUCGCCCGCAAGACUGACGGAUACUCAGGAGCCGAUAUCAGCAUCAUCGUGCGGGACGCGCUCAUGCAGCCUGUCAGGAAGGUGCAGUCAGCCACACACUUCAAGAAGGUUCGAGGGCCGUCCCGCAGUAACAGCGCAGUGAUAGUGGACGACCUGCUGACCCCGUGUUCACCCGGUGACCCCGAGGCCAUCGAGAUGACCUGGAUGGACGUGCCUGGGGACAAACUACUGGAGCCCAUCGUGUGCAUGUCUGAUAUGCUGCGCUCUCUGGCCACGACCCGGCCCACCGUCAACACAGAAGACCUGCUGAAGGUCAAGAAGUUCACAGAGGACUUUGGACAGGAGGGUUGAAGCACACCCGUAUGUAGCCGUCCUGACUCGACCAGGACUACCUUCUCUACUCCAAACUAACCAAUGGCAGGAGCAUGUGAUCAGACCUGACACUACACACACACACACACACACUCAUCAGCUCAACGGUGAAGCACUGGACAGACCAGAGCAUGAAGCUUGCUGUAAAUCCCUUUUGUGUUGAAGUCCUCAAACUAGACGAGGCGUCCGUCUGUUCAGCUCCGUCUCAGAUGAGUAUUUAUUUUAACUUAUUUUCAGCACGUUUGAUCGUUGUCGAGCGUCUUCUAUUAACUGUGUCCAGAUCAGUAUUUCAGCACUUUAACUGUGUGAACGGGAAGCUCACGAACGUUUCUUUGGUUUUCUGGAGGUCUGUUUCCACCACAGCAAGGCUAAUGCUAAUGAUCCUUUGUUUAUUUAUUCUGGGUUGCUUUAUAUGAAGCGGCUUGGAGGGGAAAAAGAAACAAUUGGAAUGAUCAUAGAAUUACGUUUAUUUUACAUCAAAUUUGCAAUUCUGACAUUUUUCUUUGAUUUAUUUCCUAAAUUAAGAUACAAACUCGUGAUUUUGAGAAAUAAUUCGGAGUUUCCAUCUUACGAUUUUGAGUUUGAAUCAAAAUCAUUUCCUGCAGUUCUUGUCUUUUUAGUCAUAACUGCAGCUUUAAUAAGUUUGGCUGUUACUUUGCGAUUAACAGUAUUUU